GGGGGUGUGUGCGCGCUCGGAGGUUUCGGGCCAGCCACCGCCGCGCGAGCUAGAAGCGCCCCAGCCCGGCAAGCUGGCUCACCCGCUGGCCACCCAGCACAGCCCGCUGGCCCCUCUCCUGCAGCCCAUCUGGCGGAGCGGCGGCGGCGGCGGCGGCGGCGGCAGGAGAAUGGCAUCAGAACUGGCAAUGAGCAACUCCGACCUGCCCACCAGUCCCCUGGCCAUGGAAUAUGUUAAUGACUUCGAUCUGAUGAAGUUUGAAGUGAAAAAGGAACCGGUGGAGACCGACCGCAUCAUCAGCCAGUGCGGCCGUCUCAUCGCCGGGGGCUCGCUGUCCUCCACCCCCAUGAGCACGCCGUGCAGCUCGGUGCCCCCUUCCCCCAGCUUCUCGGCGCCCAGCCCGGGCUCGGGCAGCGAGCAGAAGGCGCACCUGGAAGACUACUACUGGAUGACCGGCUACCCGCAGCAGCUGAACCCCGAGGCGCUGGGCUUCAGCCCCGAGGACGCGGUCGAGGCGCUCAUCAGCAACAGCCACCAGCUCCAGGGCGGCUUCGAUGGCUAUGCGCGCGGGGCGCAGCAGCUGGCAUCCGCGGCCGGGGCCGGCGCCGGCGCCUCCCUGGGCGGCAGCGGCGAAGAGAUGGGCCCCGCCGCCGCCGUGGUGUCCGCCGUGAUCGCCGCGGCCGCAGCGCAGAGCGGCGCGGGGCCGCACUACCACCACCACCACCACCACCACGCCGCCGGCCACCACCACCACCCGACGGCCGGCGCUCCGGGCGCCGCGGGCAGCGCGUCCGCUUCGGCCGGUGGCCCGGGCGGCACGGGCGGCGGGGGCCCGGCUAGCGCCGGGGGCGGCGGCGGAGGUGGCGGCGGCGGCGGCGGCGGGGGCGCGGCGGGGGCGGGGGGCGCCCUGCACCCGCACCACGCCGCGGGCGGCAUGCACUUCGACGACCGCUUCUCAGACGAGCAGCUGGUGACCAUGUCGGUGCGCGAGCUGAACCGGCAGCUGCGCGGGGUCAGCAAGGAGGAGGUGAUCCGGCUAAAGCAGAAGAGGCGGACCCUGAAAAACCGCGGCUAUGCCCAGUCCUGCCGCUUCAAGAGGGUGCAGCAGAGACACGUCCUGGAGUCCGAGAAGAACCAGCUGCUGCAGCAGGUCGACCACCUCAAGCAGGAGAUCUCCAGGCUGGUGCGCGAGAGGGACGCGUACAAGGAGAAAUACGAGAAGUUGGUGAGCAGCGGCUUCCGAGAAAACGGCUCGAGCAGCGACAACCCGUCCUCUCCCGAGUUUUUCAUGUACCCAAGGGAAUCCUCUACAUCAGUGAUGUGAAAACUCCUGUUGCCCGAAGUCAAAGAGAAAAUAUGAUGCUGGCAUGCUAAUCGCGUGAGACAACCCGGGCCACGGACAGCCACAAAGCACAAAACAAACUCAGAGAAGAAACAAGAACGGUGUUUUCCUGGCGUCUACAAGAAGCGCUUUAUUUUUCCUCUAGAUUUCUUUUCUAAAAAAAAAAAAAAAAAAAAAAAAGGCAAAACAAAACAGAAAACCAAAACUGUAACAAACAUUUAAAGACACAAGACAGACUUCAGGUGAUAACAUUCGAGCAUGCUCUUUUAUUAAGCGUAGGAUGGGAGGGAUGACAGGACUGGUGAGCAGAAGGCUAAAGCAGGAGCCCUGAGGAGCUGUGAGCCGCCGGGGUGCUGCUUGAAACCGUGAAUGAAGGGAACGGCUUUUCACCCCACCCCGCAAUGAUCCUGUAAAUUCCUAGGGACACGCUUCCUUUCCUGCCUGUCAAGGUAUCGGGGGGAUGCUUGGCAAAAUUCAUCUGCUAUAAUUGCUAAAGAACGUUUUGUAUAGUUUGGCAAGGGAGUCGAAGGACUGGUACCUUUGUGACUCGUAGCUCUGCCUAUGCCAGUGUCACCUCCAUCUUCGCUGAUGGGAACAAGGCUCAGGGGCCUCUCCCCAGGAGUUGCCAAGCCCACUUGGACUUGGUCAGAAAGAAUGCAGCAAUGAUCUCCUGGAUCAAUGCAGCGGAAGGAUAAACACUCACUCUUUCCUGAACAGAGAAAGCUCCCGGCGGCAGUGUGGCUCUGGCUGUGCUGGUGGCUGGUGGGACAGGGGGCCCCAGGCUACUCUAAAUAGUGAGAGAGACUUGCUUGUGCUUCUACAAUGAGACAGGCCACCACCAGGAAAGAAAAGGGACCCAAGCCUCAGCCAGCCCCAGAAGAGAGAUCCUUGACCCCUGGAAUUAAUUCCCUGCUUCCCACUGGUAUUUGACAUUUUCCCAUCUGCUGUGACUACUCUUAUUUCCUUGGCUCUGGCGGAUCAGUGUCAGAGGGACACGGAAAGGCCUGGAUAAUCUGGAUAAUAAGUUGGGGAGGGGGCAGUGUUGGCAGUGACGUGCGGGCACACAGGAUGGGCGUGUGUGCCAAUCGUCACCUGAGCUCCCGCUUAGCUGGCCUGGCCUCCGAGUCCCUCCUGGAUCAGCCUCUCGCUGAGCGCCCACAGGGCCCGGGCUGUCUCCUCCCUCUGAGCCUCUGCGGAGGGCAGGCAGCGGCAGCAGUUGUUGAAAUACAUCCCUCCCAGGCCCUCUAGUUCGGGGGCAGCAGCACAGUAGACGGUGGUGGCAGCUCCUUGUUGCUGGAAAUUAAAAAAAAAAGACCAUAAGCAAUUUAUUUAAGAAAAGAGGUGAUGAGAUGACUUUCUUCUGACUGGGAAUCAGCAAGCUUCACCCCACCCAGUCCACUUGCACCUGGACCUCAGCGUGGCCAAGGGGCCUGAGCUCAGCCCAGGCCUGGAAGGUAGGAGGUGAGCAGCCUGGACAGCAAGCUCAUGAACCCCUCUAAAGCUGGCGUGACUCUUUGCACCUCAUAUAGGAAAAGGCUUCAAAAAUAAAUAUGCAUAUCACUCAAGUCGGACAUCUCUCUCCAGCAAAGAGGAAAUGAAGGCACCCUUCUGCACACGCAAGAAGACAUUUGUCCAGCCCCUUGACAUCUCAGUGCAUAAUGCAUUUCGACACCAAGAUGUUUCCAGAACCUUCUGUCUGGAUGAAACCAACCACUCUAAUAAUGGCCCAUCAGGGAGAAACCCCAGCGGGACCGGUGCCAGCCCACUCCAGAAUGCAAGUUGCAAUGAGUGCUAUGGAUCACUUUCCGUUCACCUCUGGAGUAGCACUGUGGCUAGGGCUGUGUGUGCCAGGGAGGGACCACAUCAUCCGGGCUGACAGGCUACUGUCAGAGAUGCUGUAAAGAGGGCAAGAACUCACUUUGCUUUGCAAGCCAUAAUUAAAAAUAAUAGGCUGGUGUUCAUAGGCAGACACGGUAGGCACGGCUCUAAUUUAAAACCAAUACAGUUUAUCUGGCAUCUUAUGAUUAUUUAUGUGCAUCACAGCCCUGGUUGCAUCAACUAAUUAUAGGCUGAUAGAGAGGAGGGUUGUGGAAGAGGAUGGAGAAAGGUAAUGAGGGAUAAGGUCACAAUUAGAAAAACAUUAAGGACAUUUGAUUGGGGAGGAAAUGGGUUUCUGUCCUCACCCAAAGCUUACCCUUUUCCUGCUCCUUUAGGGUUUAAAUUGUGCCCAAGCAGGAUGCGUAAUGGAAAACCAUGCCGCACAAAUGGUUUGGUUUACAUUCACUACAACCACUGGGGGUCAAGGUCAUUGUGAGGAUCAGGGCCUCGAUAUGUUCUAAUUUUAGGAAAGUGCUACAAAACAGACUUGGGUUUUGUUUGUUGUCAUAUCUAGUUCUUGUGAAAACCCCAUAGUCAAAUCAGUAAAGGGACAUGGGUGUGGGGAGUGGGAGGGGGAGAGACUUGAGUUCUCACAGCUGGCUUCUCGAUAGGCCAGGACAAGUCCCAUUAGUUCAGAACUUGAAUUCCUGACAUGACUGAGCUUAAUUAAGUCAUAAUUGAUUUGUUACUUCCCCAACUCCCUCACUGUGCCCACUCCCCAAACGGCCAGCGAUUUUCUUGGAUUCAGCUCUUUCUUUUGAAAUUGAUUUGGGUGGUGGCUCAGGUCUAAUUUAUUGCUAAUCACACUUUGUUUAGCACCUGACACAUUUCUCUAAAGAAUUCGAGAGGCCUAUCUGACUCCUUGCACCUCAUGUGGGGAGGCAAAGUGCCUCUAAAGACAAAUUGAAGAAUUGAGAUGCUCGCCUCACUAACUCAAGCCAAAUAUCCUUUUGGCCUCACUUCUUAGCAGAGUUCGGUUGGAGAUUGUGUUUUGCAUAAUUUUCUGGAUAUCUAUCUAAGAUUUCCAUUUUACUUCCUAGCUGCCAAAACCACCAGAGAGUGGUCAGGUGAUUUACCAUCAACUGUAAGGGGUGAGAGAAUCUGGCCAGCUCAGCCCCAGAUCCAGGCUCUCCACCCCAACGCGGAGCCUUGGAGUAUCGGCAUGUAUAGAGCAGGACAAAUGGGCCUUUUAGAGCCACCAGUGGCGAGAAAAGAUGAAAGUAAGCCACUCGGGAAAGCACAAAGCAGAAUUCUUCCACACCCGGUGUAAUAUUUUGCCACUGUGACCUUCUAAAAUGAUACCAGGUUGCACCCUUGCAUUGUUGGAAUGGUAUUUUUGCAAAGAAAUUCUGCACUUGCAUUGAUUCAGAACCAUGUUGAUGAGGGAGCUGGGGACAUGCAUUUUCCCUCCAUGGAAUCUGACAGCAAUCGCAAUGACCUCAGUUCAUAUAAGCCUGUAUUUGGCUACCAUGCUGAAAGCCAUGCAUGUUAGAAAAGCCCAAUCUUGCACCAAGAGCUGGCGUUGAGUCUUUUGCCGCCAGGCUUGGGGUGAUGCACAAUCUUAAUUCCGUCGCGAGAGGUUCUGUAGAAGAACCCAGGGGCACCUGAAAGCAAAGACCACCUUCUCCACUCGGAGCUCAACCCCCGCAUUGGGCAGCCUCCCUCUCUGGUCCACGCUCAAUUCAACUGGUACUCGAUUAGCUUUCUUGCCGGACAGCUAAGUAGUAACAGAUCUUUCAGUCCCAAGCUCACUCCCCUUUUUGCUCUGGGGGAAUUCUCUUAGCUGCACCAGGACAGCCUCUGAGUGACAUCUUCAUACAAGAUGUGCUGACAGUUUCAUAACAAGUUCUAAUGUUUGGCUCAUCAGAAGGAGACUGAGCUACGUGAGGGGAAUCUCAUUAGUAAAUAGGCUGGGCUUGCUGAUACAAGAUCAAACAUUUCAAAACUGAUAAACACAUAUUUAAAAGAGCACUUUCAUCACCAUUAAAUGGCUUUCAUGCCACUUUUUUUUGGGGGGGGGCAUCAGUACCUAAUUCAGUAACGAUGACAGUCAUAUAAAGGGAACAAUGCUACCAACUCUGUUAUAAAACACCUGGAGCCACCAUGUCUUGUGAGUUGUUACCACUGUUCACUGACCCAUCGUGAUAACAGCAACACCUUGACAUAAAAGCACUGGCUGGAGCUGUGGGUCCCCCUCAACGAUUUGUUAAGAACAAUUUCUCAGAAGCCUGCUUAUCAGGGAGCUGGGCGCGGCGGCUCCAGUCUCCAUCCCCUAGAAUUGGCUAUGUGUUAGGGUAUGGCUGGCACAGGACAGAGUUUCUGGGAAGCCCAGUAGAAUCUGUAAUCACGCCUGAACGCCACUUCUGAUCUGAUCAAACGUUUCUGAGCUGCCAGAGGAGAGCUGAGCCAUCCAUCUCCAUACUGUAUGUAAAAUCACCCAGAAAUCUUGUUGGGGAUUAAGUUAAGAGUAUCUUGGUCAUAGAGGUUCAUCAUUCUCCUUCAGAAAUCAUUUGUCAGAUUUGCAGCCCCGUCUCCAACUACAGGAAGGUGGACUUAGAAAGUGGUUGCUGUUUAUUUAUAGUUGAGGCCCUGAGCCCUAACUUAUCCAUCCUUCCCAAACCCUUUGUUGGGAUGAAAAUAUUAAGUAGCCGCUUUUCAUCAACAUUUAUUUGAUGACUGCUAGCCAGCAAUUUGUAGCUGUCAGCAUGGAAUCUAAAUGAAUAUUGACUCUUUUAAAGGAAGAGGUACAGAGGUUUCUAAUAAACAAUACAUGGUAAAGGAAAAACCACCCACAUAUCAAUAUUUGUAAUGCAUUGGUUAGUACUCUAACCACCUACAUAUUGAUAUUUGUAAUGCAUUGGUUAGUACUCGAAUAUAACUCACGUUUUAAUAAGGACACAUAUUACACAGUUACUGUUUAGUUUGAGUUUCUCUACUUUAAAAUGCAUGCUUAUUUAAAAGACAGAGUAAUUCCUAUCUUAAAGUAGAUUAAAUUACGAGAUGUAUAAAAAACAGAUACUGUCACAGAAUAUCUAUCUAUAGUCAAUGAUUCUGAAGGUAGUAGACGUUCUAAGAUUGCUUUAUCACAGACCUACAGAUAUCACAAGAUUGCACAGAAAAUGCUGAAUGAAUCGACUUUGCAAACAGUACAGAUGUGUAAGGGAAUGUGUCAGGGGACUCAGACUGGGAACCCCACGGGCAGGAAGGAGAGCCCUUUGGGAAAGGGCAGCAGUCACUGUGCUGAAUUCCCGGGACAAAGAGGUGAUGUGAAGUGAGCAGGUGCCUCUUCGUAUCCUCAAAGCUUUCCCUGUUCCUCAUCUGGGCUCUGUUAGGCAAGACAUACCCUCCCCAAAGGCCAAACCGGCCACCUCUCCAGUGGCCCGUGAAUACGGCAGGAUAACCUACCAGAGCUUUGGCGUGAGCACACGUGUCACCCGUGGAAUGACUGCCCCCACAGCCCCUGCCUUUCCCCGCCUCCCAGUAGCACCUGGAGGAGGGUUUCUGCCGUUCGCCUGACAGUGCAAUCCAGGCUGGGAAUUCACCUCCAGAUACACACCUGUUCCCCCAGAACAAGGACAGCUGAAACCUCUGAUUUUAAAGCCAAACAAAAGCAAGCUGCUCCAAAAAGUUACGCGUCCCUACUGACCGAGAACAAUCUUCUAAGCUGACAACGGUGCCAUGAAUUGUGUUCAUUUUUAGGGCAACGCAGUGCACACAGAAAGGAGGCUCCCGGGCCUCCCCGUUAGCAUGACCGUGGCCGAGUCGCCCUCUGCCUCCACUGGGAUGCUGGUGUCGCUGAAUAGACCAAGGUCGUGGAGUAAGUGCUAACCAACCAGCACGCCAACUUGCCCCAAAGUUAUGUGAGAAGAAGAGAGGAGAGCAGUCUACUCGAAGGACUCUGCCCUCCAAAUGGUCCUGCUUUUCUAGAGACUUGUUGCGAAUGAGGACCAUUCACGAGGUAGCAACGGCCAGCAUCUAUGGAGAGCUGACGAUUCUUCAGGCAGGCACCGGCAGAAAGCUUGUAAGUGCGACACUCUCACCCACACAGCCUCAGGAGCAGGGCGAUUGGAUCCCCAUGUGUGGAGAAGCACACUUAGUGUCAGAGGUCCAAAGCAACUCUUCCCAAGUCACUCUGAUGACCACACAAUGGACCCUCUCCAGAAUUCAGACACGCCGCCAUAGAAACCUCCUGCCAAACAUGUGACACAGCUGCUUGCACACUGCCCGACCCUGUUCUGUGUCCCCAUGUGGCCGAAGCCUCCUGUCCAUGCCCGGCCACAGUGUGACGCCUUGGCACGGCCUGGAAUUAAGCGUGGGUUUUGCCCUGUGUUCACCUGAGAAAUGUUAAAAGGAGAUUUCCCCGUUGUUGAUUUAGUCCGUGAACUAAACUGAAAUUAUAUCCACUUGGAUGAACAGAAGUGAGGAUUCGGCAAAACCUCAGAAGAUCCAAUAGCAAAUGACCCUUAACACAAAGGUCACCUGGUCCAACACACCACCUCCAGGUGCCAGGCUGGCCCAGCUAAGGAACCUUGUCUUGGAUGAUAGACCUUUUUCAACACCUAAACUGAACCACCUCAAAACCAGAGAAACUGAAGCAAACUCCACCUUAUAAACCUGUGAAUGUGUAAAGUGAGCGAGGCCUUUUGGAGGGUAAUAUCUGACACAUUAGGUCAGGGUUGCAGGCAAAGUCUGUUCCAACCCCCUUCCUACCCUCCCCCAAUUAAUUCCUAACAAAUUAAUUCCUACAAGUUCCCAGCCAGCGACUCCUACAAAGGCUGUAAACAAUCAGGCUCAGGUACAGGCAGACGCGUCCUGUGGGCAUGGACGCAGAACUGUCCUGUGGCUUUCAGAAGUUUUGCUCACAGCUGUUCUUAGCAGUUAUCAUAGAAGGGAAAUACACUUAACUUCUCAAACUGAAAAAGUGGAGACCAGGAAAGCGGGCAUCUGUUGUAAACAGUGGGAGCUUUAGAGUCUGAGAAGGCCCUGGAGACGGACUUAGCCUGGCCUCACAGAAGAGGAUGUGCACACUGGCACCACGGACUUGGACAGUGUGUUUGGAUAGUUACCUCUUGCUACAAGGUACCGGUUUCUUUGCUAAAAGCAGGUUCACGCCUGUGAAAAAGACCCGGAAAUUCCUGUUCAGUUGACUGUCUCUCCCGCUGUGUGCCCAGUGACACCGGGGACACAGUCUAUGAAAAGGCUUGACAAAGUUGUUUGCUGAGGGAGAGCUAAGCAAUGGACUAUCCCCAGACAUGCCAUUGGUCCACAACCCACGAUCGCAAAGGGUAUCUUGAGUGAAAUGUUUGAAGGGAAACAAAGGUGACACAGCUUUCACGGGCCUCCAUUUGGGGAGAAUCUCAGAGGUGACAUGGAGCCUUUCUCAUUUGCAUCCCGAAUAGUAAGCCAGACCCCAGUGAGGGUACAAGGACCAUUCUUCCUGACAAAAGACAUGAAUUUCUAGCAAGCUCCCUAUGGAGUUUCCAGAGAUUGACUUCAAGACCAGGACAGAAUGACUUGCAAAGUCAGGAGUGUUGCUGUUAUUUCUCUGAGAAAUAUUUGCAGAAAAAAGCCCAGAGACUAGUAGGUGCUGGGUAGAAAGUUGGAAAUGAUUUUUUUUUUUUAAGCUGAAGAAUAUAUUUGUCUUCGCUAGCCUUAAGUCUGGGAGAGGAAGCGGUCGUCCAUCCGGACCGUCCAGGGAGGUCCAAAGCCAUGUUUGUGUUGGGAAGGUCGGGCGGGGAGGGAUUUCCACUCCAGCGGGAUUCAAGGGCAGGGUGACCUGGGUAGGCUUUCAGGACCUGUGUUUUGAAUUCCAUGAACUGUUCUGAACUUUCCCUUGAAAUAAACGAGGCCCUUUUCAUACCUCCUCCCUGUCCCAGAGUCCUUGCCAUCUGUGGUCCAAGGGUUCUGUGAAAGAUGGAUGCCUGCUCCCAAAAGAAUGGAAGUGUGCAAUUUAGGAUGAUUUCAUCUCCCUGAGACCUGCGGCUGCUGCUGUGGGACUCUGCAUGCUUUGGUGGGGCGGGAGGUGCCCCCUGAAUGAGGGAAGGACAAAGAGGUGGCCCAAGGGCCAGUCCAGCGGGCGAUGUUAUUCAUGUACAUCCCACCUUCAUUUGUGUCUGCCAGAGAGGUUCUGGACUGGACUGGCCCGAGAGGUGGUCUCAUUACAACUGAGAGAUGUUGACUGUGUCUCAUUUCUAUGACCGAGUUCCCCGGCAUUCCCUGCCAGUGCUCUCUGAAACGCCGACACUGCUCAAAGCACAGCUUCUUUUCAAUGGGUUUUCUCUCGCUGGGACGGGACACUGCACUGGGGUAUCCAUUCUUCCAUGGGUUGGCUUGCAACAGCUAAGCAGAAGAGCCACAGACACCUGCCACUGAACUAUGCACCAUCCUUCGACAUGGGACAAACCUGACAGCCCCUACGGAAACGUUCCCAUUGGGCCGCCUCAGAGCUGGUGCCGAAGGAACUCCUGAGUGUUUAUAAGCGGUAAAAGAAGACUUAGCUUGUGUUAAUUUGAAACAUUUUACAUUCUUCCUCGAUGUUUUUAACCUCGGUUAUAGCUAGCUCUGUACAAUGUAGAUAAUGGAUGCCUCUGUAUUUGCCAUGUACACUGAUAGAAACCUUUGACAUGAUUGCCAGGCAGAAUUAAUGGGUUCAGUUCUAAUAUCAAAGACGGUCUUCAGAGUAGCGGUGAAACAAAAAUAUCUUCCUCCCCCUGCGCACAGUCACUCCGCCCCGUCGGCCUGACACAUGGGCCCCCUGGAAAGCCAAGAGCAGACUGCUCUGUGAGCGGGCAGGACUUCUGGGCAAACCCCAAGCAAGCUGUUUAGAUGUUGAGGCGGACAGUUCAUUUACACCUAGGUCACGGGCAUAUCCUACAACAUUGACUGAAAAGGCAUGGAGGUGGGGGGGGGGGGGAUAAAACCCACAGGGUGCUCCGAAGGGCCACAUCACGGUGAGAAAUUAACCCUUAACUCUGUUAUCCAGAAACAAAUGAAGGAAUAGACUUCGCAGUGAUUCAGAUCAGAGGCAGGCCCCCAAGUCCAGCCCCACCGCUUCAAGUCAAGCACAACGGCAUUAGGUCUGUGCAUGCAUUUUCAUAGGGAGCUCACACGAACAGAUCAUUUCUCAGGCUCAUUUCUAACGCUGGCCUUGUUAAUAUUUCAUUUAGAACAUACUGUGGAGAGGGUCUCAUUUAUAUGACUUCCAUAAUUAAUGGUGAUAGCUUAGGCACUGCCUUUACACAGAGAGAUCUCGUCACAGUGGUCGAUGGGUAAUGAGAAACAAUAGAUAUUUCAUUCACCAGCAGCUUGUUGCUAGUUAGUAGGAAAUGAUCGUGUGCUCUGUUGCUUUAAUUGCCAGGGUACAUAAUUCUGCCUGGGUGUUAGUGAACAUUUUAAAGCACUUGAUGCAAAUAGACUAGGAACAAAACCAAACCAAGUUUACCUUGAUUAUGUAACACCUUAGCAUAGAAAGUUACACAGGUUUUUUUUUUUUAAAUUGCAUUCUAUCAUGCAAAUAUUAUCUAAAUAUGCAUGUACUGACGACUCAUCUACUGUAUUUUAGGAAAUACAAUUAGGCCGCCUUUCUCUUCUCCUAUGUAGACUGUAAAUAACUGUAGAUCUUUCUCUUGUUUCCCUAUGUAAAUAUAUGUAAAUACUAACAAGCCAUGCAUGCUGAUAUCCUAGGCGAUUUCAGGUAAUUUUAUAAUCUGCAGGCAUGUACUUGAACUGGUUUGUUAAAAUGAAAAAGAACACAAAACCUCGCAAACUCUUUAAAGCUGAACAGAAAUUAAAGGUUUCUUCCUAGA